AUGUACUCUAGUGAAUCGGUUGAAUCACAACGCGUUCGAUCAGUAGGAAGUGUUAAUGGUCGUCCCUCGCAUAGGCGAGCCGGUAGUAAUUCUUCUGCUGCCGCUUCGCGCCUAUUUAUUAAUGCUGUAAAGGACGCAAGUAGAAGCUCAAAGGGAACAGAGGAAAAUAUGUCGGACAAGGCACCUUACACUAAACGUCCCUAUAGUCCGAGUAUAGACACUUUCAAAGAUGAUCAAAAAACAAAAACUCGAAGAGUUGAAAAUGAUUCAAAUACAGAUAUGAUUUGGUCACGUGAAACAGACGAUAAAGGUUCUUAUAUGAAUCAUGGAAGUCAUUCUAAUGAUCAUGAACAAUAUGAUCCUUCAUCAAAUGAAGAACGUGGAAGGUUCGUAAACGAACGACGUUCUUCACAAUCAAAUUCACAUACGACUCGACAAUCAAGAAGUGUAUUAGAUCGAUUAGGGAAAAAAGGAGGAUUAAUGACAGCUUACAUUAAUCCCGCUUUCUUUCCAAAUUCAAAUAAUGGAUUCGAUUCACAACCAAAUGAUAACAUUGCAUUAACACCUAAAGUUACUCGUUGUCGCCAUUGGCCAAAUUGUGAUCUUGGAAAUGCAUGUAAAUUUCAUCAUCCAACUGAAAUUUGCCCUCAAGAUUUCAAUUCAUUUGAGAAUCGUAAUUUAUUUAGAUUUGGAUCAUAUGGAAAUGGUUCAAAUGGACAAGGAAAUUUUGGAAAUCGAUCAAAUUUUGUAUUUGAUUCGAUUGGAAAUUCAUUUAGUCAUUUUGGAAUUGGACCGAGUACUAGCGGACCUAGUGGAAUGGGUCAGGGUAUAUUUGGUCAAAAUUCUUUCGUUCAGAAUAACUAUCAACAUAAUUUAGGUGGGAUAGAUUUAUAUGGUGCAACACAUAUCAGGCAAGAAUCUGUUGAUAAUAAUGUCGUACAAGGUUCGAAUUUCCAAGGGGGAAUGCGGGAAAAGGAACAGAAAUCUUUCACAUCAGGUGCAGGAUCCGCAAAUUCGAACAUAUCUAAUAAGGCAACAAUUAAUACGAACGCUUCAAUUACUGCGACUUCUUCUUCUACUAGUAAUGCUUCGGUGGAACAACAACAACAACCAUCUUCGAAUCAAGAAAAAGAUUCUACAAUGUCUACAAAUUCACAAUCAUCUACCUCUGCUCCUGCUGUUUUAUGCAAAUACGGAGAACGUUGUGCGAAUCCUAAUUGCAUGUAUGCGCAUGCUAGUCCUGCGGCUGUUGGAACUGGAAUCGCUUCACCAUCAUUGUUGGAUGUACCUUGCAAGUUUGGACUUGAAUGCACGGCGGCCAAAUGUCGUUACUCGCAUCCUUCUCCCGCAAACUUAAUUGCGCCCUGUAAAUUUUAUCCUAAUUGUAAAAAUCCAGUAUGCCCAUAUUUACAUGUGGAUUAUAGUGAACCAACAACCAAAGUUCCAACUCCCUGUCGCAAUGGGGCUCAUUGUACAAGACCUAAUUGUGUCUUCCUUCACCCUUGGGAUAUUGAAGUUGAUACCAAUAUUCCGUGUCGGAGACCUGAUUGUGCAUAUCAACACUCAAUGGGUAAAAAGGAUACUUCACAAACUGUCUCGGAACGAACAUUUGUUUCCGUUCCAGAUGAGCUCACUGAAAAAGUUUAUGUAGAUCAAGAUAAUAAAGGAGAACAAUCUUUGGAUAAAAAUUCCGAGACAAAUGUGGAAACACAAUCAGCAGAGGUAACAACAAAAGAAGAAAGUAAUCAUAAUAAUGGGAAUAAUGGUGAUGCUAACAGUUAUCAACAGGGUGAUACAGAAUUGAACAAGGAAGAAUUUAACUGGGAAGAAGAUUUGGAAGAUCUGGAGGAUAUUAAUUUCAUACUGGAUGACGUUGAUCACGGCGAAGUUGUUACUGAUGUUUGA